AACUAUUGCACAGCCAAAACCUUGUACAUAUCAGACUCCGACAAGAGAAAGCACUUCAUGCUGUCGGUCAAGAUGUUCUACGGCAACAGCGCCGACAUCGGCGUCUUCCUGAGUAAGAGAAUCAAAGUCAUCUCCAAGCCCUCCAAGAAGAAACAGUCCCUGAAGAACGCAGACCGUGAGUCACACAAAUGCCAACGCGCAAACACACACAAUGUUAGUAUCAGUCCUUAGGUCCCUGCUCAAAUGCUUUGAAAUGCAUCCUUCCUUACUCUCUUUGAGGUAAUCAUUGAUCUAACAUGACGUGGCUCGUGAAAUAUGUGUAUUGAAACCCUUUACUCUAUUCUAUCGUGGUAAACCAAUGCUGAUCUACCGUUCACAAGGCUAGUAUUGCUCUUCAACAAAGUUUCCGUGUUUGCCAGUCUGGUAGCUAGAUGGCGCUACAGCUCAAAAACCAGAUGACAACUGAUGCAUGAAAAUGACCCUUUGUUCAAUAUUGUUUAAGUAGCUACAGUGUUUGUUUUGUGUCUGCUUUCUACCCUCUUCUUCUCUUGUUGUUGUUCUCACACAUCUCACCAUCUAGACGGGGGACAUGUUGGGCUUGUUCUCACACAUCUCACCACCUAGACGGGGGACAUAUCUCACCACCUAGACGGGGGACAUAUCUCACCACCUAGACGGGGGACAUGUUGGGCUUGUUCUCACAUAUCUCACCACCUAGACGGGGGACAUAUCUCACCACCUAGACGGGGGACAUAUCUCACCACCUAGACGGGGGACAUAUCUCACCACCUAGACGGGGGACAUGUGUGGUCUCUUUAUCUCUCUCUCUGUGUGUCUCUCUAACUGCAGUGUGUAUCGCAUCGGGGACCAAGGUGGCCCUGUUCAACCGGUUGCGGUCCCAGACGGUCAGCACACGCUACCUACAUGUGGAGGGGGGUAACUUCCACGCCAGCUCCCAGCAAUGGGGUGCCUUCUACAUCCACCUGUGUGAGUCUCGUACAAACACACACACACACCACACACACACACACACACACUGUAAAAAUGCUUCAUACUCAGAGUGUAUGGGUAAUGUAUGUGUGCAAGGGCAAUGUACAGUGCAUUCGGAAAGUAUUCAGACUCCUUCCUUUUUUCCACAUUUUGUUACGUUACAGCCUUAUUCUAAAAUGGAUUAAAUUAAAUGUUUUCCUCAUCAAUCUACACACAAUACCCCAUAAUGACAAAUCAAAAAACAGGUUUUCAGAGGUUUUGGCACAUUUAUUAAAAAUAAAAAAACAGAAAACCUUAUGUACAUAAGUAUUUUGACCCUUUGCUAUGAGACUCGUUAUGGAGCUCAGGUGCAUCCUGUUUCCAUUGAUCAUCCUUGAGAUGUUUCUACAACUUGAUUGGAGUCCACCUGUGGUAAAUUCAAUUGAUUGGACAUGAUUUGGAAAGGCACACACCUGUCUAUAUAACGUCACACAGUUGACAGAGGUCGAAGGAAUUGUCCGUAGAGCUCCGAGACAGGAUUGCGUCGAGGUACAGAUCUGGGGAAGGGGACCAAAACAUUUCUGCAGCAUUGAAGGUCCCCAAAAACACAGUGGCCUCAAUCAUUCUUAAAUGGAAGAAGUUUGGAACCACCAAGACUCUUCCUAGAGCUGGCCGCCCGGCCAAACUGAGCAAUCAGGGGAAAGGGGCCUUGGUCAAGGAGGUGACCAAGAAACCCGAUGGUCACUCUGACAGAGCUUUAGAGUUCCUCUGUGGAGAUGGGAGAACCUUCCAGAAGGACAACCAUCUCUGCAGCACUCCACCAAUCAGGCCAUUAUGGUAGAGUGGCCAGACGGAAUCCACUCCUCAGUAAAAGGCACAUGACAGCCCGCUUGGAGUUUGCCAAAAGGCACCUAAAGACUCUCUGACCAUGAGAAACAAGAUUCUCUGGUCUGAUGAAACCAAGAUUGAACUCUUUGGCCUGAAUGCCAAGCGUCACGUCUGGAGGAAACCUGGCACCAUCCCUACGGUGAAGCAUGGUGGUGGCAGCAUCAUGCUGUGGGGAUGUUUUUCAGCGGCAGGGACUGGGAGACUAGUCAGGAUCAAGGGAAAGAUGAACGGAGCCAAGUACAGAGAGAUCCUUGAUGAAAACCUGCUCCAGAGCGCUCAAGACCUCAGACUGGGGUGACUGUUCACCUUCCAACAGGACAACGACCCUAAGCACACAGCCAAGACAACGCAGGAGUGGCUUCGGGACAAGUCUCUGAAUGUCCUUGAGUGGCCCAGCCAGAGCCCGGACUUGAACCCGAUCGAACAUCUCUGGAGAGACCUGAACAUUCAGACCCCUUUACUUUUUCCACAUUUUGUUUCGUUACAGCCUUAUUCUAAAACUGAUUAAAUUGUUUUUUUUCCCCCCUCAUCAAUCUACACACAAUACCCCAUAAUGACAAAGCAAAAACAUUAUCAUUAUAUAAGUAUUCAGACCCUUUACUCAGUACUUUGUUGAAGCACUUUUGGCAGCGAUUACAGCAUCGAGUCUUCUUGGGCAUGAUGCUACAAGCUUGGCACACCUGUAUUUGGGGAGUUUCUCCCAUUCUUCUCUGCAGAUCCUCUCAAGCUCUGUCAGGUUUGAUGGGGAGCGUCACUGCACAGCUAUUUUCAGGUCUCUCCAGAGAUGUUCGAUCGGGUUCAAGUCCGGGCUCUGGCUGGGCCACUCAAAGACAUUCAGAGACUUGUCUCGAAGCCACUUCUGCGUUGUCUUGGCUGUGUGCUUAGGGUCAUUGUCCUGUUGGAAGGUGAAUCUUCGCCCCAGUCAGAGGUCCUGAACGCUCUUGAACAGGUUUUCAUAAAGGAUCUCUCUGUACUUUGCUCCGUUAAUCUUUCCCUCGAUCCUGACUAGUCUCCCAGUCCCUGCCACUGAAAAACAUCCCUACAGCAUGAUGCUGCCACCACCAUGCUUCACCGUAGGGAUGGUGCCAGGUUUCCUCCAGACGUGACACUUGGCAUUCAGGCCAAAGAGUUCAAUCUUGGUUUCAUCAGACCAGAGAAUCUUGUUUCUCAUGGUCUGAGAGUCUUUAGGUGCCUUUUGACAAACUCCAAGCAGGCUGUCAUGUGCCUUUUACAGAGGAGUGGCCUCCGUCUGUCCACUCUACCAUAAAGGCCUGAUUGGUGGAGUGCUGCAGAGAUGGUUGUCCUUCUGGAAGGUUCUCCCAUCUCCACAGAGGAACUCUGGAGCUCUGUCAGAGUGACCAUUGGGUUCUUGUUCACCUCCCUGACCAAGGCCCUUUUGGUACCCUUCCCCAGAUCUGUGCCUCGACACAAUCCUGUCUCGGAGCUCUACGGACAAUUCCUUCGACCUCUUGGCUUGGUUUUUGCUCUGACAUGCACUGUCAACUGUGGGACCUUAUACAGACACGUGUGUUCCUUUACAAAUCAUGCCCAAUCAAUUGAAUUUACCACAGGUGGACUCCAACCAAGUUGUAUAAACAUCUCAAGGAUGAUCAAUGGAAACAGGAUGCACCUGAGAUCAAUUUCGAGUCUCAUAGUAAAGGGUCUGAAUACUUAUGUAAAUAAGGUAUUUCUGUUAUUUAUUUUGUAUACAUUUGCAAACAUUUCAAAAAAACAGUUUUCGCUUUGUCAUUAUGGGGUAUUGUGUGUAGAUUGAGGAUCUUUUUUUAUUUAAUUCAUUUUAGAAUAAGGCUGUAACGUAACAAAAUGUGGAAAAAGUCAAGGGGUCUGAAUACUUUCCAAAUGCACUGUGUGUGUGUGUGAAUUGUUAUUUACCAAAUGGCAAUAUCAUGCUUUGUUUUAAAUGGAGUUGUAGAGAGGCUGGCCUUACAUUAUAUUUCCACCCUAAAAUGCUUCAUACUCAGUGUAAGGGUAUGUGCUAUUGUAACAUAAGAUUAAUGUUGUGUGUCCUGUUCCCCAGUGGAUGACGAGGAGUCUGAAGGAGAGGAGUUCACUGUGAGAGAUGGCUACAUCCACUACGGACAGACUGUCAAACUGGUCUGCUCGGUCACUGGGAUGGCCCUGCCACGACUGGUACUGCCCACCACUUCACUCUCUUUUUUAUGUCUGUUUCUCACCUCUCUCCAUGUUUCUCACCUCUCUCCAUGUUUCUCACCUCUCUCCAUGUUUCCUCACCUCUCUCCAUGUUUCUCACCUCUCUCCAUGUUUCUCACCUCUCUCCAUGUUUCUCACCUCUCUCCAUGUUUCUCACAGAACUCUUUAUUUUUGUGUCUUGUGUAAGUCUUUUUUUAUGUUAAUAUUCUCCCUCUCUUUCUAUCUUAAUUACCAACAGACACACACACACACACACACAUUCAUGAAAGUUACUGAUGUUAUUUGUACACUGAGCUCCGACAACUAAACACCAUCCUGUCUGUGUGUGUCAGAUCAUCCGUAAGGUGGACAAGCAGACGGCCUUGUUGGAUGCAGACGACCCCGUCUCCCAGCUCCACAAGUGUUCCUUCUACCUGAAGGACACAGAGCGCAUGUACCUGUGCCUUUCCCAAGAGAGGAUUAUCCAGUUUCAAGUGAGUGAAAAACUACUUUCAAUUACAAGUUGAGACUACCUUCCAUUACAAGUUGAGACUACCUUCCAUUACACGUUGAGACUACCUUCCAUUACAAGUUGAGACUGCCUUCCAUUACACGUUGAGACUACCUUCCAUUACAAGUUGAGACUGCCUUCCAUUACAAGUUGAGACUGCCUUCCAUUACAAGUUGAGACUGCCUUCCAUUACAAGUUGAGACUGCCUUCCAUUACAAGUUGAGACUACCUUCCAUUACAAGUUGAGACUACCUUCCAUUACAAGUUGAGACUGCCUUCCAUUACAAGUUGAGACUACCUUCCAUUACAAGUUGAGACUACCUUCCAUUACACGUUGAGACUACCUUCCAUUACACGUUGAGACUGCCUUCCAUUACAAGUUGAGACUGCCUUCCAUUACAAGUUGAGACUGCCUUCCAUUACAAGUUGAGACUGCCUUCCAUUACAAGUUGAGACUACCUUCCAUUACAAGUUGAGACUGCCUUCCAUUACAAGUUGAGACUGCCUUCCAUUACAAGUUGAGACUGCCUUCCAUUACAAGUUGAGACUGCCUUCCAUUACAAGUUGAGACUACCUUCCAUUACAAGUUGAGACUACCUUCCAUUACAAGUUGAGACUACCUUCCAUUAGAAGUAACGACUACCAUCCAUUAGAAGUUGUUUUAACUUCCAAUUAAAUUAAGUCACAACAUUCUACUCAAACUACACACUACCAUAUGCCAUUAUUUUUAAAUCGACCCCAUACUUGCAGUAACCAAUCAGAAUUAUCUUAUGAGAAAAUGAUUAUUGGAUGAUGAACAUUAGUUGGUUCCUAUGGUGAUACCCAGUUUACAAUCUUCAAAUUGAACAUUGUUGAUCAGAUCCCACCUGAAAAUGGUCGGCAACCCUUGUCAGUGCUCUGUGCAGGUCCCCAUUGCUGGAAUAGGUAACAGUCUUUGUUUUGCUAAGAGGUUAUUCUUCCAUUUUGAUUCCAUCUUCGGUAGAUGACGGAUUGGAGUGAUCCUUAUCUUCUGAGUUAAUAUAACGUUAGGGUGACACGUAAUAGGCUCCUCGUGGAGGUGUUAUCUCUACAUCAGAGAUCACCAUAGAAACAACUAAACCUGGAUACAUCCACAGUUGUAACACACAGCUACAUUUUACUUUUUUUUUUAAUUUUUUUACAUUUUAGUAAUUUAGCAGACGCUCUUAUCCAGAGCGACUUACAGUUAGUGAGUGCAUACAUAAUUUUUUUUUACCCCCCGUGGGAAUCGAACCCACAACCCUGGCGUUGCAAACGCCAUGCUCUACCAACUGAGCUACAUCCCUGCCAGCCAUUCCCUCCCCUACCCUGGAUGACACUGGGCCAAUUGUGCGCCGCCCCAUGGGUCUCCCGGUCGCGGCCGGCUACGACAGAGCCUGGAUUCAUCUAUCUAUCUAUCUAUCUAUAUCUGAAAUACGAUGAAGCGCUAGCAGCUCCCUUUAACGUGUGUGUGUGUGUGUGUGUCUGUCUGCCCCCAGGCCACUCCAUGCCCAAAGGAACCAAACAAAGAGAUGAUCAACGACGGAGCGUCCUGGACAAUAAUCAGCACGGACAAGGCUGAGUACACCUUCUAUGAGGGCAUGGGCCCCGUCCACUCUCCUGUCACCCCCGUGCCUGUGGUCGAGAGCUUACAGGUUAGAGAGGGACGCGCGCACGCACGCACGCACGCACGCACGCACGCACGCACGCACGCACGCACGCACGCACGCACACACACACACACGUGCACGCACGCACGCACGCACACACGUACACACACGUGCACACGUGCACAAGUACGCCACAUGCACACUCUAUUCCUAUUAUAAACAACAAAUUGUUCCUCUCUCAGUGCUCCAAACAUACAAGUACAAACAAACGCCCUUUAGACCCUAAACCCCAUUCCAUCUCAUCUCUUUCUCUGCCAACAACACAAAAACAUUUACACGUUGUUGUAUUGGUGUGUGUGUCUGUGUGUGUCUGUGUUUCUGUGUGUGUGUGUGUAGCUAAACGGGGGUGGUGAUGUGGCCAUGCUGGAGCUGACUGGACAGAACUUCACUUCAAACCUGAGGGUCUGGUUCGGAGACGUGGAGGCAGAGACCAUGUACAGGUACCGACAGACGCACCUCACUGCUCCUUUAAACUCUGGGCUGUCUCAAUACGUGGGGUUGCAAAAUUAUGUUAACUUUUCCAAAAAUGUUCAGGUAUGUCCAGUCAACUGGGAUUUCUGGAAAACCUGGGCAUUUUGGGAAAGUUAACGGAAUUUUUCAACCGUACUUAAUACACAAUACUGUAGUAUGACCAGACAGACUGUUUAGGACAGAAUACUGUAGUAUGACCAGACAGACUGUUUAGGACAGAAUACUGUAGUAUGACCAGACAGACUGUUUAGGACAGAAUACUGGUUCAGGUAUGACCAGACUAGAGCCGGACACUGUUUUAGGACACGAAACUACUGUAGUAUGACCAGACAGACUGUUAGGACAGGAAUACUGUAGUAGGACCAGACAGACUGUUUAGGACAGAAUACUGUAGUAUGACCAGACAGAGCCUGUUUAGGACAGAAUACGUAGUAUGACCAGACAGACUGUUUAGGACAGAAUACUGUAGUAUGACCAGACAGACUGUUUGGACAGAUACUGUAGUAUGACCAGACAGACUGUUUAGGACCAGAAUAUGUAGUAUGACCAGACAGACUGUUUAGGACAGAAUACUGUAGUCAUGACCAGACAGAGCUGUUUAGGACAGAAUACUGUAGUAUGACCAGACAGAUGUUUAGGACAGAAUACUGUAGUAUGACCAGAAGAACUGUUUAGGACAGAAUACUGUAGUAUGACCAGACAGACUUGUUUAGGACAGAAUACUGUAGUAUGACCAGACAGACUGUUUAGGAAGACAGAAUACUGUAGUAUGACCAGACAGACUGUUUAGGACAGAAUACUGUAGUAUGACCAGACAGAGCUGUUUAGGACAGAAUACUGUAGUAUGACCAGACAGACUGUUUAGGACAGAAUACUGUAGUAUGACCAGACAGACUGUUUAGGACAGAAUACUGUAGUAUGACCAGACAGACUGUUUAGGACCAGAAUACUGUAGUAUGACCAGACAGAGCCUGUUUAGGACAGAAUACUGUAGUAUGACCAGACAGACUGUUUAGGACAGAAUACUGUAGUAUGACCAGACAGACUGUUUAGGACAGAAUACUGUAGUAUGACCAGACAGACUGUUUAGGACAGAAUACUGUAGUAUGACCAGACAGACUGUUUAGGACAGAAUACUGUAGUAUGACCAGACAGACUGUUUAGGACAGAAUACUGUAGUAUGACCAGACAGACUGUUUAGGACAGAAUACUGUAGUAUGACCAGACAGACUGUUUAGGACAGAAUACUGUAGUAUGACCAGACAGAGCCUGUUUAGGACAGAAUACUGUAGUAUGACCAGACAGACUGUUUAGGACAGAAUACUGUAGUAUGACCCAGACAGACUGUUUAGGACAGAAUACUGUAGUAUGGACCAGACAGACUGUUUAGGACAGAAUACUGUAGUAUGACCAGACAGCCUGUUUGUGGACAGAAUACUGUAGUAUGACCAGACAGACUGUUUAGGACCAGAAUACUGUAGUAUGACCAGAACAGACUGUUUAGGACAGAAUACUGUAGUAUGACCAGACAGACUGUUUAGGACAGGAAUACUGUAGUAUGACCAGACAGACUGUUUAGGACAGAAUACUGUAGUAUGACCAGACAGACUGUUUAGGACAGAAUACUGUAGUAUGACCAGACAGAGCUGUUUAGGACAGAAUACUGUAGUAUGACCAGACAGACUGUUUAGGACAGAAUACUGUAGUAUGACCAGACAGACUGUUUAGGACAGAAUACUGUAGUAUGACCAGACAGACUGUUUUAGGACAGAAUACUGUAGUAGACCAGACAGACUGUUUAGGGGACAGAAUACUGUAGUAUGACCAGACAGAGCCUGUUUUCGGGACAGAAUACUGUAGUAUGACCAGACCGAGCUGUUUAGGACAGAAUACUGUAGUAUGACCAGACAGAGCCUGUUUAGGACAGAAUACUGUAGUAUGACCAGACAGACUGUUUAGGACAGGAAUACUGUAGUAUGACCAGACAGACUGUUUAGGACAGAAUACUGUAGUAUGACCAGACAGACUGUUUAGGACAGAAUACUGUAGUAUGACCAGACAGACUGUUUAGGACAGAAUACUGUAGUAUGACCAGACAGACUGUUUAGGACAGAAUACUGUAGUAGGACCAGACAGACUGUUUAGGACAGAAUACUGUAGUAUGACCAGACAGAGCCGGUUAGGACAGAAUACUGUAGUAUGACCAGACAGACUGUUUAGGACAGAAUACUGUAGUAUGACCAGACAGCUGUUUAGGACAGAAUACUGUAGUAUGACCAGACAGACUGUUUAGGACAGAAUACUGUAGUAUGACCAGACAGACUGUUUAGGACAGAAUACUGUAGUAUGACCCAGACAGACUGUUUAGGACAGAAUACUGUAGUAUGACCAGACAGAUGUUUAGGACAGAAUACUGUAGUAUGACCAGACAGACUGUUUAGGACAGAAUACUGUAGUAUGACCAGACAGACUGUUUAGGACAGAAUACUGUAGUAUGACCAGACAGACUGUUUAGGACAGAAUACUGUAGUAUGACCAGACAGACUGUUUAGGACAGAAUACUGUAGUAUGACCAGACAGAGCCUGUUUAGGACAGAAUACUGUAGUAUGACCAGACAGACUGUUUAGGACAGAAUACUGUAGUAUGACCAGACAGACUGUUUAGGACAGAAUACUGUAGUAUGACCAGACAGACUGUUUAGGACAGAAUACUGUAGUAUGACCAGACAGAGCCUGUUUAGGACAGAAUACUGUAGUAUGACCAGACAGAUGUUUGGACAAAUACUGUAGUAGGACAGACAGACGUUUAGGAAUACUGAGUAUGACCAGACAGACUGUUAGGACAUAAUACUGUAGUGACAGACGAGCCUGUUUAGGACAGACAUACUGUAAUAGACCAUGACAGACCUGUUUAGGACAGGAAGAUGCUCUAGUAUCACCAGCAUGUACUGUUUAGGACAAAUACUUAGUAUACAGUACAGACUGUUGGCAGAAUGUAAGCCAGACAGAGCUUUAGACAGACGUCUGUGUAUACUCAGACAGACUUAUGGAUCAGAAUAACGGUGUAUGACCAGACAGAUGUUAGACAGAACUGUAGUUGACCUAAAGCCUGUAUUAGGACUAGCAAUCUGUAGAUGACCAGACAGACUGUUUAGGACAGAAUACCUGUGUAUGACCAAGCUGUUUAGACAGAAUAGUAGUUAUGACCAGACAGACGUUAGGACAGACUGGAUGAACCAGACAGAUUUAGGCCAGAAUCCUGUGUUGACAGACUGACUUUUAGGCAAUACGUAAUGACCAGACAAGCUGUUUAGGACAGAAUAGAUAGCCCAGACAGACUGUUAGGACAGAUACUGUAGUAGACCAGUACAACUUUUAGACAGUCAUAUGUAGUAUACCAGACGACUGUUAGACAGUACUGAGAUUACAGACAGACUUGUUUAGACAAAUACUGUAUAUAUGACCAGACAGGCCGUUAGGCAGAUACCGUAGUAUGACCAGACAGAGCCUGUUUAGACGAAUACUCUUAUACAAAGCUGUUUAACAGAAUAACAGGUAGAUGACCAGACAGACUGUUAGGACAGAAUACUGUAGUUGACCAGACAGACUUUUAGACAGAAUACGUAGUAUACCAGAGACUGGUAGGACCAGAAUACUGUAUAGACCAGCGGACUGUUUGACAGAUCUGUAGUAUACCAACAGCUUUUAGGACAGUAAUACUUAGUAUGACCAGACAGAUGUUAGGACAGCAGUCCUGUAGUAUGACUCAACAGACUGUAGACAGAAUACUGUAAGACCAGACAGGGCUGUUAGACCCAGAAACUGUAGUAUACCAGACAGAGGCUGUUUUAGGACAGUACUGUAUAUGACCGCAGACUGGUUUAGGACAGAUCGUAUAGCCAGCAGACGUUACAUGAAUCGGUAGUAUGACCAGACAGUUACAGACGUGUUUGACAGCAAGCAGUUUGGCAGAAUACUGUAUAUACCAGACAAUGUGUUAGGACAGAAUACGUAGUAUGACCAACAGACUUUUGAAGAAUAUGUAUAUACAACAGACUGUUAGGACAGAAUACUGUAGUAUGACCAGACAGACUGUUUAGGACAAGAAUACUGUAGUAUGACCAGACAGACUGUUUAGGACAGAAUACUGUAGUAUGACCAGACAGAGACUGUUUAGGACAGAAUACUGUAGUAUGACCAGACAGACUGUUUAGGACAGAAUACUGUAGUAUGACCAGACAGACUGUUUAGGACAGAAUACUGUAGUAUGACCAGACAGACUGUUUAGGACAGAAUACUGUAGUGUGACCAGACAGACUGUUUAGGACAGAAAGGGUUUAGAAUCAGAAACACUAGUAGAAUAGAAUGAAGUCAAACUGUAACAGCUACAAACGAUUAAUUAGUUUUAUCCAUGAGAUGCACCUUUCUGUAAAGGGGAAGAGGAUGUCCCUAUUCAGUCUGACCUUGUUACUCUUUAUAAGCUCUAUAUCAGUACUAACCAGGGGAUAACCCAGACAGAUUACAGCCGUGCCUUGUUACUCUUUAUAAGCUCUAUAUCAGUACUAAUCAGGGGAUAAACCCAGACAGAUUACAGCCGUGCCUUGUUACUCUUUAUAAGCUCUAUAUCAGUACUAAUCAGGGGAUAACCCAGACAGAUUACAGCCGUGCCUUGUUACUCUUUAUAAGCUCUAUAUCAGUACUAAUCAGGGGAUAACCCAGACAGAUUACAGCCGUGCCUUGUUACUCUUUAUAAGCUCUAUAUCAGUACUAACCAGGGGAUAACCCAGACAGAUUACAGCCGUGCUUUGAUCCAAGUCAAAGCAAUGUUCUGGGCUAAUUUGUACUAACUCAACAAAUAUUAAUUUGUUCAGUUUAGGCUCAGAUAUUGCAAUUUUCAAAGCGCACCCAUCAGUCUAUGCCAAACAUUCUUCAAAAGGUACUAUUUUUCCUUUCCAUUUAGAAUUUUAUACAUUAAUUAGCGACCCAUGAGGUAGAGAGAGAGGUCUUUACAGCAGGUGAAAGAGCUCCACUGUCGUCCUGUAAUAAACAGUAGGAAUCACCCUGGAUUUUAAACCCUGCUGGGAGAAGCUGUGAGUGAAAUGUUGAGGUUGUUGUCGGCUGCAGAAUGGUGUGUAAGUGGUCCUUAUGUAGACUGAGAACGCCACAGUCCCCAUUUGACCCAGUUGUGUUAGAUGUGUGUAUCAUAGGCGGUUUUACAGGACUGUUUUUGUACACCAAUCAUAGACACUUAAGUGGUAAUGCCCGAGAAGCUGGUGUUUGGAGGAUAUAUUGGCACGGGUGUUGUAAGGCCCGAGACGAAGUCGAGCCAAACACCGGCUUCGAGGGCAUUAUCACUUUUAUACAAUGGGUUACCAACAUAUUCAAAUAAUGAUUGGCAUAUAUUUAUUCAUACUAUUUCAUCCUUCCACAAGAUAAAGUCCUGACACAAAUCUAGGGUUGCUACCCAAGCCGGCUGGUCGUUCAUUCUAUCAGUUCGGUUGCCAGAGACGCGCCCCAGUCGUUCUGUAUCUAUGGACGAGUCGUUCGUUCUAAAUGUUCCAUUGCCAUACUGGCUGGCAACGUUCUUAUCCCUUGCUUGCUAGCUAGCCAACUACAGCUAACUCACAGUCACGUCAAACAGUGCAUCCAGAAUAACAACAGUAGCUGCAUUUGCAUUUGUUUAAGCUGUUUUCUAGUGACAUUUAUUUAGACACAUCCAUAACAGCUAAUGAGGUGCGAUUUCGCCUGGCAUAGAAAAUGUGCUCUCUCGUCAAGACACUGUUUUUCAGAGGAGCAAGCUAACAACACAGCUAACACAAUCACUUCAAACUGAAGCUGUAAAGACUGCAAACUAGCUGCACUUUGUUUCUUUUGACCUUUUUUCAAUUUACAUUUCUUUGUAUAUAUCCAUAAAAAUUAUGCCAGGUGAUUCAUGAUUUCGACUGGCUGAGAAACGCUCCCUGUCUGUCUGUCCGUCUCGUCCCGACUCCUGACACGUUCGUUACUAUGGGGAAGCUGGAGAUGGAAUUUGAAUAUUGAAAUAAUGUUGCAAAUAUCAGAGAGACAGACAGCAAAGUUUUAGCAAAUCUCCGCUGUUGAAAACUAAAUCUUAGUCUAAAAGAAAUGUGAGAUAAUGUCUAGAUGCUUUUUAUUGUGGAGAUCAAGUUUAUAAAUUGCCUGGCUGGGCUGAUGAGACAGUGGAUUGUGCAGUCAGAUGGAACAGAGUAAAUAGGCAUUUUAACGUCAUAGAUGUAGCCGGUGGCAACCUGUGGAACAGACACUGGCUGGAAUGCGGUUUUAACCAAUCAGCGUUCAGGAUUAGACCCACCCGUUGUAUAAUAUGGAAUGCAUGGCCCUCCCAUAGUGCUUGAUGGAUGCAUGUUAUCAUUGGUAUACUUAAGUCAUUUGUUCAAAUCCUGCUCGAAGGACCAUGAAAGACGAUUCUCAACUGACAUGAGAUCUUUACAUGACCUACUUUUUUGUUUCCUUAGUCUAUACUGAGGUCGGCACACAAUGAGUCAAAUAGCUAGAGUCAACCCUGUCUGACUCUCUCUCUCUCUCUCUCCAUCUCUCUGCUCGCUGCUGUAGGUGUGCGGAGAGCAUGCUGUGCGUGGUGCCUGACAUCUCGGCCUUCCGCGAGGGCUGGCGCUGGGUGCGGCAGCCGGUGCAGGUUCCCGUCACGCUGGUGCGAAACGACGGCAUCAUCUACUCCACCACGCUCACCUUCACCUACACGCCGGAGCCCGGGCCGCGGCCACACUGCAACGCCGCCGGAGCCAUCCUACGGGCGGGCAGCGACCGCCUUCUGACGGCUAGCAGCAACAGCGCCGGCAACAGCGACGCUAACAACAGCUACGGCCCCAACAGCACCUCCAACGCAGGAGUCACAUCCUCGUCCACGGCCGCAGCCGUG